UGUCCGUUUGAUUUUGAUCCCUUCGACGGAGUCCUAGGCAGUGGGGUGGUGCAGCCGGUGCAACGAUGAUCAGAUUGGUGAAAUCUUGGAUUUCGCUGGCUUUGCUUCUGGCGGCCCUGAAGCAAGCCUAUACCGUCAACUAUUGCGAUAAAAAAAUCUGCCCACCGAGCAAACCGAACAUCGGAUGCAAAAACGAUGGCAAAUUGGACCCAGCCUGCCCGCCGGGAGCCAAAGUAAUCGAGAUGACCGAUGAAAUGAAGAACCUGAUUCUGGACACGCACAACAAAUAUCGCAGCACGCUGGCAACCGGAGGAGUUUCCUGGCUGCCGAAGGCUGCCGCUAUGCCCACUUUGACUUGGGACAAUGACCUGGCGGAGACGGCUCAAAUGAACUCGAACCGAUGCGUCCGGGGUCACGAUGUUUGCCAUAACACGGAUAAGUACUUGAAUUCCGGUCAGAACAUCAACUAUAUUGCCACCAGUGCGGAUUCCCUCGACCCCAUAGCAGAAGUACCCAAACUGAUCACCAGUUGGUGGGAUGAGCGGCACGAUGUUCACAAGAACAUGGUCAAGACCAUGUACGAUCCGGGCAAGAGUGUUAUGGUUUUCCACUUCGCCGUUAUGGCUAGUGAUAAGGUCAAUAAAAUCGGCUGCGGUAUCACCCAGUGGACCCCUCCGGACGGUUGGCUGCAGAUCUAUCUGGUGUGCAACUACUCGUUCAACGAUUUCAUUGGAAUUCCAAUCUACGAGUCUGGCAAACCAUGCGCUAACUGCCAGAAAGGAUGUAACGCUAAAUAUGCUGGUUUGUGUAACGAAGACGAACCUGUUCCGCAGUUGAUCGAUUAUCCGGCCUCAAGCUAAGCAGGAGUAGUGCAACGGGUGAACAAAACAGCAUAUAUUUGUGGUACUAAGUGAGUUAUGUCGUUUGUCGAAAUUGGCCAUUAAGUCCGGUGACGAUGAUCAACAAUAAAGAAAAAUGCGGU